GGCCCCGGGACAGGAUCCCGGCGUAGUGGAGAAAAAGAAAAUCCUCUGGCCUCUGGGCCCGAGAGGAGGCUCGCAAAAGCACGGGGGGGUGGGGGGACAGGGGAUCGGAGGGCUCGUCGCCUCCGUCCGGGAGUCCCCGUGUGCGUGUCUCUCGCUUGACAUUUUAUACCCGGCCGCGGCCGACUUGGAGCCGGGUUGCCCGUCCCAGCCCUGAAGUUCUGUAGGUGGGGCGGGCUUUAAUUUGCUUAUAUCUAAUGAUUUCAGGAGCCUCGCUUUAAAAUGGCGGCAUUCACUAGCCACCCCUGCUAGAGGCUCUCCCGGCACCGGGGCCACCUCGCGCAGCGCUGCUUUUGCUUCUGCCGCUAACAGAUGGCAUGUGCCGCUGUCGCUGCCGCUGCCCCCGCCGCUGCCGCUGAGAGCGGGACCCCUUAGCCUCUGGGUUGGCGCUGGCAACAGAAGGUUUCUGGAAAGUGCCUUUUCUGAAAACUCUGCUGCUUGGAUUCCACUUUCCAGCUGUCUCUUUAUAAACCCCUCUUCCUACCACCACCACUGCCUCCUCCCCACCCCUCUGCAAAAAAAAAAACAAAACCCUGCUGUGCUUGUAGUUCAUUCUCAGAAACUUGUUCAUUCUUUUUUUUCUCUGAUUCUCAAUUUUCAUAGUCAUUUUCCCUCCUCCCGAUUUUGCAGCAAAAAAAAAAAAUUACAGUUGUAACAUCCUACCAAUCUUAAACUUUAAAGCCAAGAAAUAGGUAGAAAAACUUUUCUCCCCUUGAUCUGAGACCAUUUCACAAAUUGAAGGGUGGCUGGCAACACAGGCUUUUUGGAGGCAUAAUUGAAAACAUCAACUCGAGAGCACAGAAUUCUUUUGAAAUUCUGCUAGUUAUUUGAAGUAACUUCGGCAGGGUAACAAAAUAAAACACUCAAUAUCUUAACCUUUACGGUUGCCUUCUUAGGACUUGGUCUGCAAUUUGAUUUUUAGUUAUUCCGAUCCAAUUUUUCUUCUAGGAUUGGCUUUUUGUUUGACUAGAGCGAAUUUGACUUAAAUGAAGACCUAAGUGCUAACAAAGAAGCAUUUCACCAAAGCAACCCGUUACUCUUCACAUUUAGCUUGAAUUUAUUUUUAAUCUUUCAACCACAGCAGUAAAUUGUUCUAGAGAGGGUGCACUUGAGUUUUAACUUUGCUUUCAAUAUGACGGCUGUCAAUGUUGCCCUGGUUCGUGAUACCAAGUGGCUGACUUUAGAAGUCUGUAGAGAAUUUCAGAGAGGAACCUGUUCUCGGGCUGAUGCAGAUUGCAAGUUUGCCCAUCCGCCAAGAGUUUGCCACGUGGAAAAUGGUCGUGUGGUGGCUUGUUUUGAUUCUUUAAAGGGUCGGUGUGCUCGAGAGAACUGCAAGUACCUUCACCCUCCUCCCCAUUUGAAAACGCAGCUGGAAAUUAAUGGACGGAACAAUCUGAUUCAACAAAAGACUGCCGCAGCCAUGUUCGCCCAGCAGAUGCAGUUUAUGCUUCAAAAUGCUCAGAUGUCAUCACUGACUUCUUUUCCCGUGACUCCAUCACUUGCAGCUAAUCCUGCCAUGGCUUUCAGUCCUUACUUACCUCAUCCUGGGAUGGGCCUGGUCCCUGCCGAACUUUUACCAAAUGCACCUGUUCUGAUUUCUGGAAACCCGCCUCUCGGAUUGCCAGGAGCUGCUGGUCCAAAACUGAUGCGUUCAGAUAAAUUGGAGGUUUGCCGUGAAUUUCAGCGUGGAAAUUGUACUCGUGGUGAGAAUGAUUGUCGCUAUGCUCACCCUACGGAUGUUUCCAUGAUCGAGACAAGUGAUAAUACCGUGACGAUCUGCAUGGAUUACAUCAAAGGUCGAUGCUCCCGGGAGAAAUGCAAGUACUUUCAUCCUCCUGCACACCUGCAAGCCAAACUCAAGGCAGCUCAUCACCAGAUGAACCAUUCGGCUGCCACAGCAAUGGCCCUCCAGCCUGGUGCAGUUCAACUGAUACCAAAGAGAUCGGCGCUUGAAAAGACCAAUGGUGCCACCCCGGUCUUUAAUCCCAGUGUUUUCCACUGCCAACAGGCUCUGGCUAACCUGCAGCUCCCACAGCCGGCAUUCAUCCCUGCAGGGCCAAUACUGUGCAUGGCACCCGCUUCAAGUAUUGUGCCCAUGAUGCACGGUGCUACACCUACCACUGUGUCUGCAGCAACAACACCUGCCACCAGCGUUCCCUUCGCUGCAACAGCUACGGGCAAUCAGUUGACAUUCUGAACAACAGAGUUACAGAGUAUCAGAAUCUCUCCGUGAGAACCUCCAUAUGGCCUUUUUAUAUAUAUACACGUAUGUCCUCUUCCACCAACACAACAAUAAGUGUGGUGCAGUCAAUAUCUUAAACAAAACAAACAUACCAACCAACAAAUUCAAAUACAAAAUAAAGCAUUAAACAAUCAAGGAGAUGUUAAAACACAAAUAGAAAACUAAUAACUAACAUCUCUCUCUCUUAUUUGAAUUAUUAGGUAGAACACCAUAAAAUUUUGUAAUUCAUCACACUAUUCUUUGUGAUUUCCCAAUAACGAUUAUGCUGAGUGGAUGUCUACAGUGGACUGUCAACUUACUGUGCGUUCUUGGUGGAUAAAUGUCCGUUUUGAAGUGUUACCUUACUGUUUUGUUUACACAGUAGUCUAUUGGGCUGAUUCAGAAUGUAACAAAUAGAUCCAAUACCAGUUUCCCCAUUAUUGUAUUGUACCGUGGUGUGUUGUGUUAGGUUUUUAACAUACUAUAUAGUGUUUUGCUAUAAUGUGUGGUGUUUGAUUUCAACUAAAAUGUUAUUAGUGGGAAACAGAAACACAUGUGCUUGAAAAACCUAACAGGCUAAUGUUAAUAUGCUCACUCUCUCUUUGUAAUACUUCUGUAAGUUUCUUGAGGCAGACAUUUAAAAGGCCUCACUUUUGAGUGUGUCCGAAAUGUGAUCAUAAACAUGCAUGUGUAUAAUUUGUGCCUGUAGAUCUGACCUUGCAUAAUACAAUCACGUUACUAGAUUUUUGGUUUUUUUUGGUGAGAGAGAAAUAAUUACCUGACAAAAAACACCGGGAAUUUCUUAAAACAUUAACCCUAAUUUCACUCCUUAAAUAGCUUGAAAAACUAGAAUUUACCUUUAAAUGCAUUUCUCAGCAUUUAUACUAAAAACUAUGGAAAGUGCCCAUUACAUUUUCUAUGGCUCAAGGAUCCUGUCUUCUAGGUAGAGUGUCUAAAACUGAGCCAUUUGUAAUCUUCAGCUGAAAAAUUGGUUCUUGGAAGCUUAAAGGUAUUCUAAUUACAGGUUAUAAAUUAAGCAGAGAGAUGGGGGCGUGGAGAGAGUUCUUACAUAUUGGAGGAAAGUAUGUAAAAACCAUUGCAAUGUAACCUAUGAUACAAGUGCCAUUUUCCGAAUGCAAAUGGCUUGUGCUCUUUAGGCUACUCUUUGAAUAAUAAGAUGCAAUCUGGAAUAGUUCAGUCAGGGUGAAAGAGAAUUGGCUCCAGGUGGGGCCUUUCCUCCCCAAAUGGACAAUCUUUUCCGUUGAUCACAGUUGGAGCCUGAGUAUAGGUUUGGAGAGAUGGCGGGGCUGAGGAGGGAGGUAGGGAGAUAAUUGAAAUUACUUUGAUUUAUGUAAAAGUUCUAGGAAGGAUGUCCACAGGCAUCUUCAGCUUCAGUUCAACUGAGUUUCCAGUUUUGUCAGUCGCUUAAGUGAAGGAGCAAGCGCCUGUGAUAUAUGUUAAAUGUUGCCCAUCCCAAACUUCAUUAACAACAGAAUCUCUCAUAGUAUAACCAAGCCUCUCUUUUGUUUGGAUUUUUUUGUUUUUAUAUGUAUUUGAAAAUGAUAAUAGAGAGGAAUAGAGAUUUUUGGCAACCUUUGGAUGAGACCGAGUGGCCACAGGCCACAGAACUGAACUGAACUCAUAUUACUAAUACUUAUGAACUCGUUGUAUAACGAAGUAAAACAGUCAUUCAUUCCUAUGCUAUGUCGUAUACCUCCUCCACCGUACUCAGUUGUGAAACUUACUGUUAUUAUAUAGUGGUAGAGCUUUAUGAUAUUUUGCAUCAAUUUAGAUAGUUUACUGUUUUCUACUAAAUAUAUGUCCUCUCACUGAAAAGUAAAAAAUCCUCAAAUUUGUUGUGUAUAACAAGUUUAUUUUCUCCUUCAUGAAAAUGACAGGCAAAGGGACAGUUUGAUUUAGGAUACCCUAAGCUAGCUAGUAGUGUUUGAAUCACAGAAUAAGAGAGUUAGCAAAACCUUUUCACAGCCAGGGCAUGGUGACCUGCCCAGGGCGACCUAGCUACUUGGUAGCAGCUGGACCCAGAAACAUCUCCUGACUCCUGGCUGAUCCUCCGCUUCCUAUAGUUUGUGCUUUAGAACGUUUGUGACUCCAUCCCAGAGCAGACCAUUUUGGCUCAGUGCAGAAGAGCGAAAUUAGCUCUUGGGUAACUGAUAGCCUGUUGAUCUGAAUUCUCCCCUCCAAAUCAUGAUCAUCAGUGAUUUCCAAAUGAUCUUGCUUGGAUCGAGCCAUUGUCAUCUGCUAACAGUAUUGCCUGGAGUUAGAGAACAAGAGUGUCUUGAUUUUUACCCGUUGGUUCUUUGAACCACUUAAUUUCUGUUUCUUAAAAUCUUAACUUUGCUAGAGAAGAAUAUGCCUUUGUGAAAUAACUUGUGUUUAGAACUGGUUUUGUCAAACUUGUGCCAGUGCCUCUCUAGAAGGGCAGCUUGACCACAUGAAUCCAGAAAGGGUGUACCUGCGCUACUCUGGAUGUAUUCCUUAAAAGAGACAGAGACAUUUUCAGUGAAAAAUGAACUUUUUUGGUGUUGUUUGACAUUCUGAUGCAACACACUGUCUCACUGAACUUUUUAAACUUCUGACGAAGAUAUACGUAGACUAAAAAAUACCUCGAGGUCAGCUGUUUGCAAGUUGCUUUCAGUACUAGAAGACAUGAAUAAUGAUGUAUUUUUUAGUAAGAGUUUCAGUGAGGAGAUUCAGGGUAGUUGUAUUUUUUGGUGCCACAAUUUUUGAUAUUGUUGGCAUUUUGAAGUUACUUUGUGAAUUUAAAGAAAGAAAACUCAAAGCACUAACGUUUUGAUCAGAUGCUAAAGAAUUUUGAUGAAAUGUAAUUUUGAGAUAGCACUCUUUAAACUAGUUGUGCAAUGACUUAUUCAAAGUAUCUUUAUUCAAGAAAAGAGAAGAAGAAAGAUAAGUCAUGAGAUUAACUUUUCAGUUAAAAAGACAAGUCACAAAACUAAUCAGUGACUCUAAACAAUAAUUUACUGGAUGAAGUGUAUAUAUAAAAUUCUAAUCACUUGUGAUUCUUAGUUAACAUUUUAUAAGCUUUGUAAUCUACAAGGGCCUCUAUUUUAUUUAUCCAAAAUUCAUGUUUUUUGUCCAUUUCUCUCAGCCUUUUGCAAAAAUAGGCAAGCGUGCUGAGACUUGGAUAAAACAGUUCAUGUAUACAGAGAAAAUAAUCUAAAAGUUUUCUUCAAAGAAAGAGGGUUUUAGUAGUGUCAAAAAUUUGUAAGAGCACUGUGUGACCAUAAGUAUAUUUUAAAGGGGAAUUAAAAUCAAAUGGAUUCAUAAAAUUGCUAGACACAGUAUUUGCUUUUGUAAUUGGAGCAUGAUGCCGCAACUUGCUGUUGCAUUUCAUUUCACUUGUCUAGAAUUUUAUUUGUAGUCAGUUGUGAUGUCAAGAGCCAUCUUCUUCCUACUCCAUCAGUCUUUUCCAUCCAUUUUUGAACAUGCUAAAAAGCACUUUGAUCUUGCCGUAAGUGUUGUCCUACACCAUGAGGCUGUGUUCAUGAAUGGGCAGCCUCAGCUCACCAGCUCUCCAUUUCAGAAAAAGCAGGUACCUCCACCCUACCAUCAACAGGAACCAAAUCAAAUUAAUCUUUACAACAUGAGUCUCUUUUUAAUGGCAUGACCAGUGAGCGUAGUGACGUCUGAGUAAGGACAACAUUGGCAUUAAAUUUUAUCAAAUAGUAUGUAGGGAAGGCCCAUGUGCUACUUGGAAUGUCAUUUGGUCCUCCCCACUCCUUGGAGAGUAGAUGAAGAUGCUCUUAGGUAAAAUGCAGCCACAGGUUUUCAAGUUAUUUUAGUCUGUAGGGUAGGCUGUGAUGCUUAAAAUGAAUAGAAACUGGAAUGCUCUUUCUUUCUAUCUCUUCUACAUUUUACACACAUUGAAAUAGAAACAGGGGAAUGUGAUUUCCCAAUUCUGUUGGCUAGAUUUAGGAGGAUAGUGGCCUAUUAAUUUUACCAGUGCCUCUCAAAAGAAAUAAACACUAUAUAAAAGAGUAUAACAACUUUUUUUUAGCAAGUUUAGUUGCUAGCAUAGUCAAACUGUAAAUAUAAUUGCGAAUAGACGUUCUGAGCACCAGUUCGCUAAUUGGUGCCAUGUUUUCCAUUUUCUUGUUAGUUAAGGUUUUUAUUUUAUUCCUUUUUCAUAUCUUUAAUUAACUAGUGAAUUUAAUUUUGAAGGAGCGUUAGAGAAAGUUUAAGGUUUUACUACAUGUAUUCAACCCGCCUGGAUAGGUCCUAAACUGACACUGAAUGAAGCAGGACAAGAUAUAUAGUUCAUACCUAUUCUUUACAGUUCACAGUUUAAGAACAAACUUAACUUUAUAUACAAAUAAUAAUUUUUAACUAAUUAUAUAUUUAGUCGUUGCUUUAGCAACAAAUCUACAACAUGGCUACCUUUAGACAUUUUUUUUUUGUGUGUGUGUGUGUGAAAAUUUUACUUGUAAACGAUACAUGGCUUUUGACAGUAUGAGCCGGUAGACAGUACAGCUCAAAGCUCAGAAAACAGAUAUGGGUGAUUUUUUUUCUAAUCCCAAAUUCCCAUGUGAAAGCUGAAUUUGUGUCCUUGUGUGACUUUUAGAGCAAAAAGUUUACAGCAUGUGGAUUCUAGAAUCAGGCUUUAUAGCUGAUAGAAUUGUGUGGAGAGGGUUAUUCCACAGAAUUUAGAUUUCAAAACAAUUACUGAGCAGAGGUGAGUAUAUAGCUCAGUGGUAGAGCUCAUGCUUAGCAUGCACGAGGUCCUGGGUUCAAGCCCCAGUACCUCCACUAAACAAACAAACAAACAAAACACAAUUGUUGUAUUUGUAAUACAACUAAAUCUCUUUCAUAACUUGACUGAAAAUUAUUCUAUACAAGUGACAUAACUGUAGCUACAAAAAUUUUUAUGGAAUUAUAUACUUAUACAAAUAUAUCCAAAUGAGGAUUAAAAGCCAACAAAAGCAUAGAUUAAAAUGAAUUCAUAUUCUGGAAACCAUACAUACAGAUGCUGUGGAAUGACCCCAUAACAGUGUUGAAGAGACAUAUGCUGCAAUUAACUGAUGGUCUCAGUUAGGGUGCGACCGUGUGAGACACACCUUUUUUGCACUUAUGUACAUAGUCCAUGAAAGCAAUCCUUGGAGCUUUUUCUUUUAAAUAUAAGAAGUCUGUGAUAAUAGUGGGAAAGUUAGUAAGAGAGAGUUAUUUCUAAGGCUUUGAGAAGAAGGGUUUGUUUGUUUUUUUGUUUUUUUUUUUUUGUCGCUACAAGACGUAACUAAAGCAUGAUGUUGCUUUGCUGUUGUGGAGGCUUUCUAGUUUGCUACAGCUCACCGUGAGAGAAGACUGGUUACAGGUAACAGGUCAACUUCAGCUAACAGCCCUGAGCAAAAGUAAAGGUACUUCAUCUUUUAGCAAGACUGCUAGCAAAGAUCGUUUGGUUUUUUAAAUUAAGCCUCACUGUACACGUACACGUACACACGUACACACACACACACACACACACACACACACAAGGCAGGUUUCUGGCUGAGGUUUUCUUAUUUCAAUGGUUACAAGCAGUGGAAUACCCUGUAAAUUGCAGGCUGGAUAUUCCCAUUGGGAUCAAGUUUGAUUUCAUCUUUUACUGAAAAUUAUCAAUUGAUAAAUAUCUGUUAUAUCAAUGAAUAUGUAUUUAAGUGACAGACUGUUAACAUUCACCAUUAUUUCCCCUUCAGGAUUCAGAAUCCAAAACCAAGUUGGCAACCCUUGAAAGAUGUAAUGUAACAGUUAGCAUGGCCAGCAUGGAGCAUUUCAUUCUCUUCAACAAGGGAAAAAAACGCUCCUGGCACAGUUUUAUAUAUGGCUUUACUUACUUUAUACUUGUUCAGUGCAAGCUGUUUUCUGAUUUACCUUUACCAGAUUAGACAGUGCUUCACUGUGUCAUUUCAGCCUCCUGCUGUUUUAACUAAACAGAAGAUUACCGGCCAAAAUCUUACACACACUGGAGCUGGAAAUGAAUGUUUUAAUCAGACCAUCUCUGCCAAUUUCAGCCCCCAAGUCACCAACAGAUCACCAUUUAUCUUUUUGUUGCCUCCAGGCAAUGAGGCCUAGAAAAGGUCAAACUUAGAAAGGUUUUAGGUCAGAUCACCAUACAGACUUUGAAUCCUUUCUAUCUUGAGACCUGUCGCCCUUACCCUGGAGAAGGAGCCCGUCUUGGGACGGAGGGAACUGGUAUUAGUAUUGCUACACAUUUGGAGAGUUCUCACUUACAGAGAAAGGAAAGUAAACCAAAGCCAGAAAGCAAUCCAAGCCUUACAAUUACAGUUGUACAAUAGCUCAGGGCCAGUUGGUUAGAAAUGUCUUUUUUUCCCCUUCAGCCUACACUCACUUACAGUUCACCAUACAUCUAACAGCCUGACCAUCUGACCAGCAUUUACACUGAUAUAAGAUGUAAGCAUGCAUUCAUUCUGUAGUCAGAAAUUCGAGUUGUAACCUUGUCACCAAUGUAGUUUCCCACCUUAACCCAUGUUCUUGUGUUGACAUUUCCUUGUGAAUCUAUAAGCCACACACCUAAAAGGAAAAACAUGUAUCACUGUGAAAUACGUCACAGCUACAUCAUAUUACUUUAAUUUUUUUUUUAAAAAAACACCUCUGUUACAAGACCUCAGAGUAACCUAACUUUAAGCAGUGCUCAUUUCUCCCCAAUCACACAACCUAAAGAUUUAUCUGUCAUAGACUUGCAUGAUUUCAAAGCUUUAUUUCUGUAUGCAAAUGCUUAUCUGUUAAUGAUGGAAACCAAAUUAUGCUGUUGCUAUGUCUUUUGUGUCUAGCAGUUGAGAGAAUUCCACGAUCAUUCUAUCAUUGGAUUCUGGGGUUGCCCUUUUCAGAAUAAAUUUCCUAUUAUUGUUGUUGUUGCUUUAAUUAUUAGAAAAAUGAUCCAUUUGUUACAUGCCCCAAAAUUACAAUAAUUUAAAUUAAGAUAAAAAAAAGAUGCUCCUAAGUAUAGUCUUUUUUUAAAGGGCUAACUUUAUGCAUUUACAGAACAACAAUCCAGUAUAACGUAGGAAAUGGAAGAACAUAUUUUGGGCAGAAAAUGUCAAUUUAAAAAUACUUAUGAAUAAGAAAAAUUUUAGUCCUGUGUAACAAUGAUAGAUUUAAAUAAUGAUGACAAUAUUUCAUAAAUAUGAACUGUUCCUAUAAUAUUUUGCUUCCAGAAUGCAAUAGCUCAGUCUCUCGACUGCUAUCAAAUAAGGCAGAUGCUUUGAUUUGGUUUUUUUCCCCAAGUUAUAGUCCUGUACUGCUUGUUUGUGUUUAGACAUGUGCAUUAUGUGAUUCAUUUUAGUAUGCUCUUUCUAUGUUUAUUUUUUGUUCUUUUAAUAAAAUGUGUAAACUUC